UCGGUUAUCCCACGCUCGGUGUUGGUUUUUCUCACCUGCGACAGCGAUGUAUAUACGUAAUUAAUCGGAUAAAAAUAAGCGACUCUGGGCCUGAGCAAAUAAUUUAAUAUAUCGUUUUGGCGAUAGAUUAGCUUCAAGCACGAAUAAAUCAAUUUAAAUAAUCUGUCAGACGUGGCACAUAAAGAUAUGUGUUUAAUAGGCGCGGGCUAUUAUAGCGUUGUAUUUGGUCGGUGGAGAUUAUAUAGCUAUUAGAAAUUUUAUUUGGGCAUUUCAUUUCGAAUGAAAAUGGGGUAGUAGAAGAAGGGUAUGUACUUCAUGCCUCGUAUGUAGAGUUAAUCCUAAACAAGUAGGUAAAAUGAGUGUUCUCACUGGCGACAUUUAGUACUGAAUCACGAGAUUUUAUAUACGUCAAACCUAUGAUAAUGGAUGUUUCGUGGUUUUCGUGGUCUUAUCACUGAAUAGAGCGAGGCGAUGUAGCUUAUUCAAAUACUGUUUGUUAGGGCUUGGAGAAUAAAAUAUCAUUUUUACCGCGAAAUUAUCUGUGCGAAGAAAGGAAGAGUGUAUCAGGCAUGUGAUUUUAUUGGAUAUUAAACUUUCGGUGAGAUUUCAUAGGCGAAUUGUUUUGCGAUAGUUUUACUUAUUCGCAUUGUUGCAUAUUGUAGGCGUUAUGUUACUUGUACUACUUUUGUUUAUUACCGUAUUUUUGUUUAGGGAAAUGCGCUUAAAAAAUUUGUAGCGUGAGAUUUUUUUCGUAUUCUGUGCGUCUGAUAAGUGUUAUUAAAUUCACUGAAAUGCGGAGAAAUAAAAUCUUCAUCGCGCAAAAACCCUGGCUGCAUGUCAAAUAUUCACCAACAUAUUCACGGUAAAUUUCUUUCCAAUUGUCAUUAAUAUAUACACUGGUCAGUUCUAGUGACCACAAGUACAUUCCGGCUAAGUAAACUCCAUGAAGUUGGGCUAAAUGCACGUCGGAGUUUUCAAGAAAAACAAGGACAAAUACCAACAUGUAUACUCCUUUCGUUCCUCGAAAGAUUGAAGUGCUUAUAUCCCGACGAACUUGAGUACGGUACGUGGGCGAAAGCGACACUUCAAAAGAUUCCAAGAGGCGGCGAAGCUGAUAAAUAAAUUGAAGUUUUAAUCAAUGUUUUCCUACACUUUGAGAAAUCACAUACACACUUAAGUGCAUUUUCUAGUAAUCCAAUUUUUAUGUAAGUGACGAAUAAACCUCGCAGUUUAGCGACUAUACGAGUUUAUCAAGUUUGGAUAGUGUAAGCCAUACGAUUUUAUGUGAUGUUACAUUUAUAGUGUAAAUUUUGGAUUCCCAAUAGGGAAGUUCGUUUUCAAAUUGCAUUAAACUCCUUGGGUGGUGUCGAAUAUUUCUGCGCUCCACUCACCUCCGUCUGCCUUGUUCUCACGGUUAUUCAGGGUUUUCAGCUAAAUACAAAUGACAAACUGAAUUUCUUCUGUCAGUUUGUUUAUGGUUGCUUGUUUACGAUACAGCAGAUAUGGCCAUGCUCGUGUAUUACCUAUAUUUUGUAAUGUUUGCAAUACAAAAUUUUUUUUGACUAUAUUGUUUGUGUAGCAUACAUAUAUGUGCUGUUAGCUACGCCAUACUAUAUUUAAAAUACCGGGCUAAGUUUCGUAUUCUAGUUAACGUUAUAAACGUCUAUUGGAUACAUUGGAAGUGUCAAAUUUAUAUUUACAGGAGAUAAAAAUUCUAUGGCCGUUUUGUAAGAUUGUUUAUUACCUCGUAAAUUUCCUGUUGAAUUUUUAUCACCUAUCGACGACCCGCACACCUAACAACGUUAUUUUCUUGAUUGCUUUUUAAAUGCGCAAUUUGUAAUUUUUUUCAGGAUUUGCCCCAGGCUGCUUGAUUGUUGCAGCCGUUUUGUAAUUUUAAUAACCGCCUUCGUAUCCGACCCCGUUUAAGACCGUCAAAAUUCCAUUGUAUCAAAAGUGUAUUAUAAUAACAAUUUAUAUUUUAGCAAAUUCUUAAUUAGGAUUUUAAAUAGUACUCUUAGUCGCAAAUCAGACGAGAACACACGGAUGAGGAGGUUUUGAUAGUUUCAAAAAUAUUUUUGAUUCUGACGAAAAGGGAAAUAUUGCAGCACGACGUUCCUCGAAGCGCUUCAACAACAAAGACUAUAAAUGUCCAUUGAAAUUCAAAAACGUUUCACAAUGUCGCGUAAUCGAUAUACAUCAAAAUCGUUAUUUCUUGUAAUAUGCCUGGGACUUUUAUUUUGGUUUGAUAUUACGGAUGGAAGAAGAAUAAAAAGAUCCGUUAUGAUGGGAAUGAACGAUAACAUUCAAUGUAUAUCUGGAACAAUAACUGAAAGGAAUAGUUCGACGUCUAUAAUACUCACUGGGACCGUAAUAGAAUGCGAUAAAAUGAGACCAGAUAAAUAUAACUGCCGUAUACAGGUUUGGCGAUUUAUGAAAGGAAGAAAAAUUGCCGGAGAACUUGUGAAAAUACACGAAGAGAAGAUUAUGAAAACCACUUAUACAAAAUCAUAUGUGGAAAUAUUUGGAUUAGGGAAUCCUGCGUUUUGCGAUUCUGAAGUCAAAGAGGACAAAACAAAAAUAUUCUUUCUGAAUCGUGUUGAUGAUCGUCUUGUAUUGGCAGCCUCACUUCUUCAUAUUACUUUGAAGAACUUAGAAAACACCGAAAAUGUCAUAAAAGGAAUGAAAAUUGAGGAGGAACCUAAAAAGAAACAAGACCCGUGUCUCAUGGUUUUGUGUGGCUUUGAAGCAAAAUGUGAAGCUUCAGCAAAUGGAUCUGCCACCUGUGUUUGUCCUAAAGUUACUUGUGGCAAGUCGCCAGACUCUUCCGAUAUCUUUGCUCCAGUUUGUGGAUCAGAUGGAGUUACUUACUCCAGUGAAUGCAGACUGAAAGCAUCUGAAUGUUGGUCACAGCGAAGAAUUAGAAUUGUUUCACGAAGACCUUGCACUCCAGUACAGGAAACCGAUCCAUGCAAAGGUGUCACCUGUGGUAAUAUGGCAAAAUGUGUUGUAGUGGAUGGUAUGGGAAAAUGCCAAUGCUAUUCUUGUGACAAUGCAAUGACCAAGCCAGUAUGUGGUUCUGACCAAAAAUCUUACCGCUCAGAAUGUGACUUGAGACGGGCUGCAUGCGAACAUUCCCAGAGUCUAAAAGUCCUCAGACGAGCACCAUGUGAUCCAUGCGAAGUUUACAAUGAAAAAAACAAAUCAUUUGAGCCUUUAUGUGAGGGAUCAUGCAGUUUGGAUGUUGAAGGAAAUCCUCAAUGCUGUGAUUCAAUUGAAUGUGAACCAUCUAGUGAAGAAAUGAUGGUGUGUGGAAGUGAUGGAAGAACAUACAUGUCGAAAUGUGCAUUACAAAAAUAUUCUUGUAAAAUUGGAAGAGAUAUAUCACAAGUAUCUUUGGGAUCUUGUCCAUCUCCAAGAGAAACAACAAUUGUACAAGGCAGCACGAGCAUCGCAGCAGAUGAAAAAUGUCCGGGUAAUUGUGAUGAAUCCUCUCCAGACUUUAUUGCUUUCAAAAGCUCUUUCGAAGAAAAUGUCAACAAGAUUCUCGAAAGGAAGAACAAAGCUAAUAGUGAUGCAGGAUCUGUAACAAAUUUUAAAAUUGAGGAAGUAAGAAGAGGUAGUGCUGUUUUAGUUUACAGUGCUAUGAUGACUUGGUCUGAUAUGCCCAUCGGUGAAGAUUUUGUUCCUGGUCUUGAUACAUUGUGGGCAUUUGAAAGAUUGCAUGAUCCUGCAGUAGGAGCAUUGAAAGAGGCAAUUAUUUCCAUGCAUGUUACUUUGGUCUUGUACAAGAAACCUGGGGACGAUUUUAUGGUUCAAGAGGUUUGUGGAAUGCUACAAUGUGAGCAUGGUGCAAGUUGUAUGGUGACAGAAGACAAUGCUGGAGGUCUGGAACACAGUUGUGACUGUUCCGCUAUUGGCAACGCUGAGCGUCUUCCUGUCACACUUGGAUGCAAACUAGCAAACAACAACCGCUUUUAUGAUAACAAGGUCGCGGUACGUCAAGCGUCUUGCAUGUUGAGGUCUUUCUUCACAUUCAGAGACAUUUGUCGAGUUCCACCUAAAAAUCCGUGUGAUGACAUUUCAUGUGAUGGAGAUGGAAGUAUGUGUAUUAUUACUAAUGGAGUAGCAAGCUGUGACUGCGUAACAUGCUCUGAAACAUUUGAACCUGUCUGUGGAUCAAACGAACAGACUUACAGGAGCAUGUGUCACUUAAAUAGGGAGAACUGCAUUCGUGGAACAUCUGUAACUGUGGCAAGCAAUGGAAUGUGUGCAAGUCAAUGUGAUGAAGUUGAUUGCAGACAUGGAGGACAAUGUGAGGAAUUAUUGAGAGGGUCUGCAUUGUGUAUUUGCCCAUCAUCGUGUAUUGAAGUGUAUUCACCAGUAUGUGGAUCGGAUGGUAUAACAUAUGAAAAUGAAUGUCGACUUUCAAUUGCUGCUUGCAAUAAGAAGAUGGACAUAUCUGUUCUGAAGAUGAUGCCUUGCAAUGGUACUGAAAGUAUAAAACCUCCUACUGAGGAAGUGGAGGAAGGAUCUGGAGAAGAGGGAUCUGGGGAAGAUGACUGUCAUUGUAAAUUUGGAGCAACCUGUGAUGAAACUAUUGAUGAUGAAGAUAGAAGUUGCGUUUGUGAUAUUAAAUGUGACAGAAUCGGAUCAUGGGUAUGCGGAUCCGAUGGAAAAACUUAUACUGAUGAAUGUGAAUUGCUCAAAACACAAUGUGAAAUGCAAAAAUUAAUCAAAAUUGCAUCACAAGGAAGAUGUGCGGACUUAUGCUCAAAAUCUGUAUUUGGUUGUUGUGAUGAUGGAAUUACUCCUGCGAAAGGAAGCAGAAAGGCUGGUUGUCCAGAAACAUGCAAGUGCAACGAACAUGGUUCAUUUUCUCCACUCUGUAAUCACACAACAGGGCAAUGUGUAUGUAGACCAGGAGUUGGAGGUCAGAAAUGUGAUCAAUGCCAACCAGGAUUCUGGAAUUUCCGUGCCAUUGCGGAAAAGCGAAGCAUUGGAUGCAUGGAUUGUAGAUGUGAAAAGGGAGGCUCAGUUCGAGACGAUUGUGAUCAAAUGACAGGACAAUGUGUUUGCAAAGAAGGAAUUACAGGAGUUAAAUGUUCAAAAUGUGAAAAUGGGGAAUUAGUCACCGACGAAGGAUGUGUAGGAGCCCAUGGAAGAGAAACCGCUGGUUCCUGUGGAGAAUUAAAUUGCCGUUUUGGCCAAGAAUGUGUUGCUCGAUCUGCUGAAUCAGGAUUAUACAUGUGUCAAUGUCCCCCAUUAUCUUCCUGUGAUACAUAUGCUAAUGGCAAGAUUUGUGCAUCAAAUGGAAUAACAUAUGCUGAUGAAUGUCAAAUGGUAGUAGUAGCAUGCAGAGAAUCAAUUGUUCUUACCGUUAUCUCUGAUGGAACAUGUAGCGAAUAUUUCAAAUCAAAAAGGCCUGUGGUUCCACCUAUUGUUACACCCGCAUCCACAACGGCUCAACCUGCUACUACCACUACUACAUCCACCGCUAGUACAACUAUGUCUACUACUACUGCUUCCACCACUUCAAAAUCAACUACAACUAGCUUGACUACCCCAGGUAUAAGCACAGAUAUGAAUAAAGUAACUGAUUCAACGACAACAAUCACUACUACAAUGACAUCAACAAUGGCCGUGAAAACACCAGAUCCUGACUUCGAUAUUGAUGGCAGUGGUGAUGGUGGUGAAAAUACUGAUGGUAAUACUACAAUUGAUGAUGAAGAUGAUAAUGAAAAUGAAUCUUCCGGAGAUGAAACUGAUGAUAUUUUCCCCACUGGUCAUACAGACGCUCAUAAUCUGGUGACACCAGAAUCAAUGCGAUCAUAUCAAGUAGAAACGAAGUUGAAAUUUCCUAACAAUACAGAACCAAUAAACAUGGAUGAUUUGUUGAAAGAUCCUGAAGAAUAUGGGGAAACAAUUACAUCAGUCUUCACUAGGCUUGGUCUUGUUAUUGCGGGAUUGCCAGGAAGCAGUCCAAUAGCACUCACAUCUUUGACAAAUGCUGCCAUAAAACAAAUAAAUACUGAAGGUAUCGUUGUCACAUUCCAAAUUGAUGUUUCUGACAAAUCUGACCUGAAAGAACUGCAAAAUUUUAUAAAUGCAAAUCUGGAUGACGGUGAAAGUUUUAUGUUCAUUGAUUCAGGUUACCAACCACGCGAGUUCUACAACGAUGAAAGUGCAGACGUCCUUAAGACUGAAAUUCUGACCAAUCCUGUCAAAAAAUCUGUGUCCGUUCGACCAGUUGUACCACCUUUAACCAACUUAAUCUAUAUGGAAGAUGAUGAAUGGUCAGUCCCACAAUUUGGUGGGUCAUCUUACAUGGAAUUCAAAAAGAUGUCUGCAUACAGUGCUGCAACAAUUCAUAUGACGUUCAAAUCUGUUGAUUCAGAAGGAUUGCUUUUGUAUAAUGGACAAAAUACAGGAAGAGAUUUCAUCUCACUUGCUAUUAUUGGAGGCUAUGUGGAAUUUAGAUUUGAUACUGGUUCUGGCCCAUUAUCAUUGAGAAGUAACAUACAAGUUAAUGAUGGACAAUGGCAUGAAGUAGUUUCAAGAAGAAAUAGAAGAGAAGGAAUGUUGAUGGUCGACAAUGAACCAGAAGUUGCCGGAACCUCACCAUCAACAACAACUGGUGUUAACUUAGAUACAAGCCUAUUUAUUGGUGGAACUGUCAUAGAACUACAAGACAGUAUUUUCAAGCAAACUGGGGUAACCAAAGGAUUGACUGGUUGUAUUUCUAAUAUUAAAGUUGGUGAACAUGGUAAAAAGGCAUUAUCACUAUCAUCACAAAAUACUGAUGCAAUAAAUACAUUCAGGGUGGCAGAAUGCUCCCAAUCACCAUGCUUGCCGAAUCCAUGCCGACAUACCUCAAAAUGUUUUAUCACAUAUCAGCUUGAAGAAUUCACUUAUAAAUGUGAUUGUGGAUCAAGAUAUUAUGGUGACAAAUGUCAACAUCGCACAACAACUGAUACUUGUGCUUCAAAUCCAUGUCACGAAAGUUCAACUUGUGUAGAAGAUGAUAAUUCAUAUAGAUGUAUUUGCCCUGAAUCAAGAACUGGAACACAGUGUACUCGAUUGGUUGCAGAUUUGCCAUUACCAUCUACAAUGGAGCCAUCUUAUAUGCCAAUGUUUGCUGGUGACUCGUAUAUCCAACGACCAUCAUUAGUUGGUGUCGGUACAAAACUUGAUAUUGAGAUUGUAUUCUAUACAUUCCAGUUAGAAGGACUGCUCUUUUAUAAUGCACAAUCAGAUUCGGGCAAAGGAGACUUUGUUGCAUUAAAUUUAAGAGAGGGAUAUCUUGAAUUUAUGUAUGAUUUGGGUGAAGGACCGGCAAUCAUAAAGAGCACUGUCAAGGUUUCACUAAAUGAAUGGCAUGUUGCAAAAUUGUCUCGCAUUAUGAAGAUUGGUGAUCUUAAAUUGGAUGAUGGACCCAUCGUUAAAGGAGUAUCACCGAGAUCAAAGGCAAAGCACCGCCAUUCCCAACUUAACCUGGGAAGACCAUUAUACAUUGGCUCAGUUCCUGAAUCUGUGACUGUUCCUCCAAGAACUCACAUAACGACUGGACUUAUGGGAGCCAUUCAAAAGUUUGUUGUGAAUGAUGUUGAACUUCCGCGAUCCCUUGCUGGAGAAAAUUCAGAAUCGUAUCACAUUCAAGCUUUCAAUGGUCAUGCCUGCUACAGACAACCUUGUAACAAUAAUGGAGUCUGUGUACCAGUCCUUGGAAAUUUUACCUGCACAUGCAAAACUGGAUAUUCAGGGCAACUUUGUCAAAAAGUUGAAAAGCCUGAAGAAAUUCCAAUGCUUCAAGACUCGACACCGCAUGCAGUAUUUUUUGAUGGAAGGGUCAAGGCACAAUAUAAUAACUUCAUCACUAGGAGUGGAGAAUCUGAAAAGAUCAUGAAGAAGGUCAACUCAUUAAAAAGCAACCACUUCGAACUUCAGUUGAAAACCACAGCUCACCAUGGUUUAAUAUUUUAUGAUGGCAAAGCAACAAAACGUGGCGAUUACAUAGCUUUGUCAGUUAGUUAUGGCAGACUGCAUUUAACUUUUGAUCUUGGAUCCGGUCCAGCCAAUAUUGUAUCUGAUUUAAUGGUAAAUGAUGGGCUAUGGAAAACUGUUAAAAUUGUCAGAAAUGAACAUCGAGCAUCUCUACAAAUAGAAGAAGGAACUCCUAAAUUAGCAUCUGCUCCACAACUCACAAAAUGGCUAAAUACUGAAGGAAUGUUAUGGCUUGGUGGUUGUGAAGCUGAAUACAUGCCACCUAGGCAUCGAGGACUGACCAAGUCUUUUUAUAUGGGAUUUGAAGGAUGCAUCCGUAGAUUCCGUAUUGAUGGAAAUCUUUUACAAUUACGAGAAGAUGUGUUGAACAGACCCGGGUUAGCCACAUGCCAAGACCGGUGACACAGCACUUUAAAUCAUGUCAUCAUAGGUACACGUGUGUAUAAUAAAGUUUCAACCAUGUUGUAAUAUCAAACAGACACGGAUAGCAUUGACAUGACACAGUGGCAGGGCAGCGAUGCCAUUCAGUACAUCAUCCCGAACCCCGGGAUGUCAAAAGGUUUUAUUUGAACGAAAUAAUAGUUCGUCUUACACCUAGUUUUUUUCGAAUUUUAAAAUAUGACACAUGGAAGAGGCCGUUUAUUUGUCUGCCCAUGUGUUUGUUAUUUCUGAGUCUAAGCAUUGUGUUUGACACGGACAGGCAACUGGACAGGAGUUGCCGCAAGUCUUAGCCCUAUGAAUUUUUCUUUGAGUCUGGCAUAAAUAUGAUAAUGCAUUUAUUUAUUUGCAUGCAUAUAUGCAUAUAAAUUUAUUUGAAUGUGGAUUCUAUUGAAAUUUUUGAAACAUAUUUACCGGUAGAUACAUAACGUUUGACAUCCCCAACAUAUCCCGAAAGCAACUCAAUGUUUUUAUUUUCUUAUAUUUUUGUGAAUUUUAUGCGACAUUAACAACAUGCACUAUUAUGUUAACAAUGUAGACACUUAAUCUUGUGUUUUGAAGUCACGAUGUGGCACAUUUUGUUUGAAAAUUAGAAAAUUAAUUUUAGUUUGUCAUGAUUGCUUGCAUAUUUUAUCUUAGAAUUAUUAAUUUUUUUUCUCAUUUUUCAUAUUUUAUUACAUUUUUAAGACACUAUUUCAGGUACAGUUCCAUUUCUGAAUUAUAGAUGUUGGUAUGAUUCAUGUCAAAAUGAAGCUAUAAACCUAUCAGAAAAAUUAAACACAACUUAUGAAUUAGAAACGUAACAUUAAGACAGUGUAGUAGUGGUGUGGCACAUUCCAUGUUUUAACAGACCUGAACUGAAGUUAUGACAAUUUCCACCUUAUAAUAUUCCACUCAACUUGAAUAAUAGGUCUCUGAUAGCUAAAUCCUAUUUCCAUAUUGGUAAAAAUGAAUCUUCAUAGGUGACAGACUAAUGCAUGAACUUAUCUUUGUCUAGGCAUCUUAUCUUUAUACCUCACUGACAAUAUUUAUAAUUAAGCUGUCCUACUACUAAUAUGAUUAGCUCCCUAUUCCAUAUCACUGCAACUGUAAAAGGUUUGAAGCGAGAGCAGCUUUAGCGUCUUAGCCUAAUAGUCUAACUCUAUUAUAUGGGAAUAUCCACAUAAAAAUAAAAGUAUAAUGCCACAUUCCACUAUCCCAGAAAGACACAACUAUUUUUUUAUUUCUUUGGAUUGGUUAGUAUUGUUUUUAUUAAUAAUUUUCGUGCAUAUUAUUUAAUAACAUCAUCUGGUGCAAGAUUGAAACAGUCUCUGAAUAAUUACUUUUUGGCAAAAACAUUGAUAAGUUUACAUGCAGAUAAUGUAAAAUAAGAUUCGAUGUCAACAUUGAUCUGGAACUUUUUAAAAGAUUCCGGUUGUUGAAUUUCGGUUGUAUGAAAUACAUAUGGCGAUUUCGUUUUUGAACUAUUGAUUUAAAUUCAAGUAAUAGUGAUAAAAUCUACUCAUCCAAAUAUUCAGCAUAUUGUUUUUGUUAUUCUGCUUAAAAAUAAAUUUUAUUGAGUCCGUA